CGCCAUAGAAAUCACAAAAUUCCGACCUGAAACGGCGACGCCGUCGCGCGGCGCUUCCCAAUCGACGACUCCUCUGCCGAUUUCCUGAUUAUUAUUUUUUUUUCUUCGUCGUCGUCGUCGUCGUCGUCGUCGCCGCCUUCGCCGCCUUCGAUUCGAACGAGCUCUAGGAGAGCAAUGGAAUCGUAGGGUGGGAGCAGGGAUUGUGUUGGCGAGUGGAGUGGUAAUUUGCUGCCCCCGCCCCACGGCGGGCGGUUGGUGGGGGUGGGGAGGAUUUCUAAUCCCAUUUCGAUGGCUCGAUCGGCGGCUUAAUUGCGAAUUUCAAAUCGCGGUGAAUUUCUCGUGGACUCCGGAGGCGGCGCCGGCGGCGGAGGAGGAGGCGGGGUGAAGGGCGUGGACCGGCCACCGUAGCGCGGAUGCAGUACCACUACCGCAGCAGGCUGCCCCCGCCGCCGCCGCCGCCGUUCGGGCGAGGCGGCGGUGGCGCAGGGUACCCGCGCGGGCACAGGCAGCUGUACGCGCCUCCGCCGCCGCCGCCGCCGCAGCGCAAGUACGAGGUGCUCAUGGAAGCCGGCCGCCUCGCGGCCGAGUACCUGGUGGCCAAGGGCGUGCUUCCGCCGUCGUCCUUGCAGCGCGGCGCCGGCGGCGGGGCAUGGGCAGCUCCUGCUCCUCUUGCUGCGGCGGCAGCGCCACCGCAGCAGCAGCAGCAGCGAGAGGACCCUGGGUUCUAUGGCCGGAGGAGGUAUGACGACGAAUAUAGCAAUAACCCUGGCAGCCGGCCUAGGCGGAACAGCAGCAGUAGUAGCAGUAGCAGCAGCAGAGAUGAUUACAGUAGUGCUAGCUACAAUGGCAGGGGGAAGAGGAAGUAUGGGGAUUACAGGAGGGGGUAUUCGGAUUGGGGGAGGGACAGGGAGAGGGAGAAGGGGAGGGGAAGACCGAGUUCGAAUGGUUGGCGCUAUGAGGAGAAUGACGAUGAGGAUGGGGCUCCUGGUUUCCGGAGGGAGCGAAGGAGCAUUUGGGGCAAUGAUGAUGCAAGGGGCAGCGCUGCCGAGGUGUAUAGGGAUGCGACUUCAUUGAUGGGGAAGGAACUAGGGGAUUUGGAAAUGAAUGGUACCGAGUCAAAAGCUGUGAACUCUAGUGGUAAUGUUAAGGAAGCUGAUGUUCCACAAAUGGUGCAGAGUGAGAAUGAGGAGGGUGAGAUGGAGGAGGAUGGCAUGGUGUUGAGUUCACAACCAGAGGUGGUGGAGCUAGGGAUGGGCACAAAUGAUGAUGCUAAUAACUCUUCUAUUGGUGUGGAUAUGAAAACAGAAUUACAACAUUUUCCUGAUGAGGUUCCAAAUGAGAAAGGGGAAGAUAAUGAUAAAGUUUUGGUUGAGUCUUCUUUGGACAGUAUUGCUUUGCAUGAUGAGGCGACAAAUACUGAAAAUAACUUGCAUGGUGAUGAGAAUUUGCUUAAAUACUGUGACUAUGCAAAAGCUCCAACGAAGCGUAGGUCGUCACGUGCACAAAGAAAUGCAAUAGCUAUCCAAAGAGAACCAGUGGUAUCUGAAACAACCGAUCAGGUUUCUGUUGGAGAAGAUUCCCAGAUGGUACCUGACGAAGCUGCAAAUUAUAGCUCUAUGACCAACCUAAAAUCAGAAAACAGAGAGGAUGAAAUCUACCAAGAAAAUGCUGACUUUAGUACUUCCUGCAAUGAAACAUUGGAGCCGAUUAUUCUUGAAGAAAACAAAGAAUCGGCUGUGACUGGAAAUACAAUAGAAGAAAAGAAUGAUACACAGAUCCAUGUGGUCAAGGAGUCAAAGGAAGACAUAAGUGCAUCUGCAUUGGUGCCUUCUCACAAGGAUAGCUUGAUGCAAGAAACUGGCUUAUCUCCAUUGACAGCUUCUCACAAGGAUAGCUUGAUUCAGGACAACUUGUCCCCAUUGACAGAUUCUCGAAAUAAUAGCUUGAUCGAGGAAACCAAACCUACAUUGACACAUUCCCACGAGGAUAGCUUGGUUGAAGAAACCAACCUCUCAUCCUUGACAACUUCUCACAAGGACAGCUUGAUGCUGGAAACUGACUUAUCUCAGACAAUAUCUUCUCAUGAGAAUAACUUAAACUUGCAAUUUAAGGAAGGUUGUGACAUUGAUAUGAUGCCACAAGAUGUAGACUUGAUUGAGUUGUCUGAUCAACGGAGAGUUGAUGGUGAUGAACUAUUUUCAAAUGUUGGGGCAGGAACUGCCUCCAAAAUGGAUGAUGAAAAUCUAGAGCAAUCAAGUCCAUUUAAAAUAUGUGACCAGAACUUGAUUGGUGGUACUGAGGUUUCUGUGAUACACAAUAAUCCUUGUUUGGCCCAAUGCUCAGCAGAAGGAUCUUGCACGGAGUCACAGAAAAAACAUCAGCAAGAUUUUGUAACCACCUCAGGCGAUAUUGCCGGCAGUACAAAUAAAAUAUGCCAACUUCCAUUAGACAACAAGGGUGUCCAAGUAAUUGAUAUAGAAGAUGACACGCCGAUUGAAGUUGGUGGCUAUGAUUCUUCAAAAGCAAAGAGCGACAUGAUAUGCUCUAGCAUGGAUAACAUGAUGGGCCCUGUUGUACACGGUGGUGAUCUUCCUGGUAUUCAAGAUGGUUACAAUCUUGCAAUUUCUGAUUACCUUGGUGCUGAUAUAUCAUGCUACCCAUCAAUGCCAUCAGAUCUUCAUGCUGGUAUAGGUGGUAAUGAAUCUGAGGGUAUCACUGUCAUGGAUGAUCCAAUAUACGGUUCUCUCUCUGAUAUUGGUUUCAUGGAUGUCUGGGGGCAGCCAACUCAGGACUAUGGGAAGUUCUUCUAGGCCGCUGCUGAAGAAGGCUGACAUUGUCCUGGAACUUCACAAAUAAACCUGAGUAGUCGUAGCGUAGGCGAGAAUAAGUAGAUUGUGCCUCGUCUAAAAGAAAAAUGCCUGUAUCGGUCUCAGUUUAGCGUUGGUGUCAGGUUGGGGGGUGAAUGGAAAUGGUUAAUCAUCAAAGGUGUAGUGUGUAAAGCCAAACAGCCGGACACAGGAUUGAUAGAUUCGCUUGUUUUUUUUUCCCCUGGUUCUGUAGAAUGUGUCCAUUGGAUCGGUGUAUGCAAGUUGCUAGAGGUAAAGCUGCGUCUGGACAUAACGAGCGUACAUUUUGAUCCGAGAUACUAGGGUGUUUGAGAUAGCUUAGUUUAAAGAAUUAUCUGAUUUUUUUCAGCUACUUGACAAUCUAAACGACUGAAUUACCUGUUACAUAGUAAAAGCUCUUUUUAAUAUAGCACAGUGGGAGCCUCUUCCGUAGU